GUCGUUGUGCCCGCUGUGGGGAGAACGUGGUGGGGGAAGGAAGCGGCUGCACAGCCAUGGACCAGGUCUUCCACGUCAGCUGCUUCACCUGCAUGAUUUGCCACCAGAAGCUCCGGGGACAUCCUUUCUACGCCGUGGAGAAGAAGGCCUACUGCGAGCCUUGCUACAUCGGCACCCUGGAGCAAUGCAGCGUCUGUGCCAAGCCCAUCAUGGAGCGCAUCUUGCGGGCCACGGGGAAAGCUUACCACCCUCACUGCUUCACCUGUGUGGUUUGCAACCGGAGCCUGGACGGCAUCCCGUUCACUGUGGAUGCCGGGGGCAACAUUCACUGCAGUGAGGAUUUCCACAGGAAAUUUGCCCCACGAUGCUCCGUCUGCAAGGAACCCAUCAUGCCUGCCCAGGGCCAGGAGGAAACUAUCCGGAUUGUGGCCCUGGACCGUGACUUCCACGUCCUAUGCUACCGCUGUGAGGACUGCGGGGGGCUCCUGUCCGAAGGGGACAAUCAAGGCUGCUACCCGCUGGACGACCACAUCCUCUGCAAGGGCUGCAACUCCGCCCGGAUCCAGGCGCUGACCGCCAAGGCCAGCACUGACCUUUGA